AUGCCACGUAAAGUAAAUCAUAAUUAUGAACCACAAGAAACACAGGAAUCACCAGAACUUGAACCCGAACGUAUUCUUGUUCAUAAAUUAGUCGAUUCAAGUAAAGCUCAACGAACAAAAGCUGUUGAACGACUUAAAUUAUGGAUUAAUGCUCGAACAUUAAAUCCAACAAGUUUUUUUUCAUAUGAUGAUUUAAUUAAAAUAUGGAAAGGUCUCUAUUAUAAUAUGUGGAUGGCCGAUAAACCUGUUUUACAAGAUCAAUUAGCUUUACAAAUAUCAUCAUGGAUUCAUGAAUUUCGUGAUAAUGAUCAAGCACGAUUAUAUAUCGAUGCUGGUUUUGCUACAUUUGCUCGGGAAUGGUGGGGUAUUGAUCGAUGGCGUUUAAGCAAAUUUAUGACCUUUGUUCGUUAUUUUCUACGUGAAUCAUUUGUAUUUCUUAAAAAUUUAAAAUGGCUUAAACCAGAUAUUUUAAAAUUUACAAAAAUGCUUGCUCAAAAUGUUCUUAGUCCUAAUGGCAAUCGAGCAUGUGAUGGUUUAAAAUUACAUAUAACUGAUAUAUACUUGGAAGAACUUGCUAAAGUGGGUGGUGUUGCAUUAAAACCUAAAAGAUUAAUUCUUUUAUUAGCACCAUUUUUUAAUAUUAUUAAAGCAUCAGAUUAUGAUAUAUUAGUUAAACAUGUUUACAAAAAUCUAUUCUUUCUAAUCAUUCAAUAUUCUGAUGUUGGUAUUGAUCCUGAAGCAGAAGAAGAAAUGGAAAAUAUUCAAGCAUUUGGUCGACAAGCUAUUGAAGAAGAAAUGGAGUUGAAUAAUGCUGAUAAUGAAGAAGAUGAAGAUACUGCUUUACAAUUUGAUUAUAAACUUCUUUCAGAAAAAUUAAUCAAAAUAGCAAAAGUUGAUAGUUGUAAACAGAGAAAUCGUAAACAAAUAUAUGAAUUAGCUCGAAAAUUUGAUGCACUUACACGUGGUGUAUAUCCAUUAUCUGAUGAACGUUUACCCGAAGUUUUUGAAUCAAAUCGAUUAUCUUGUGAUGUUGAUAUAAAUUCUUUACGAGAAUUACAAAAAGAUUUAGGUGAAUUAGGUCAUAAGAAAAAGAGUGCAACACGUCCCGAAGAGAUUGAUCAACUGCUAGAAAAAUAUGAUACAAAAAAGCGUCGAAAGAAACAUCGUGGUAAAGGUGGUUCAAAAAAGAAGAAAGAAAUGAUCACUGAAUAA